UAAGCACAAGACUCACUCUCACCACACAAUAGGACAGAGACAUAAUCUUUGGCUGCAAGACGUUCAAAUCUUACAAGAUUUAACUCCAGUUAUAUGUUAAAGAAACUUCAAGACUUCUAGUCAACUAAUGAUGGAUCUGAAAUUGUGGUUCUCAAUUCUGAUGGUUUGUGGAAUGGCUGAAUCUCUAAUCUUGGCCAAGGACUGGCACAUAAAUGUGCCAUCAAGAAUCCCCGUUCUUCAAAACUCAUGUGUGGUCAUUCCCUGUGUAUACUCGUAUCCCAAGACAAAAAAAAUAUUGAACAGAUUUCGGGCAUUCUGGUACAAACRGCACACAUUGGUCGCAUCAAAUUUUGAGGACUUGACACUAASGCCUGAGUACCUCCAUCGAACCAGAAUGGGAGGAAGCAUUCAAAGUGGCAACUGCACCUGGGAGCUGUAUGGCRUCAGAAAAACCGACACUGGUCCGUUUUACUUCAAAAUUGAAAUUCCACAACAUAAAAGCUUCACUUUCUCAAACAAUAAGGUGACCCUGGACAUCUACCGAGUUCCUAAGCCUCCCGUAAUGACUUUAGAAGUCAGUAAUAAAGUGACUGCCACCUGCAAAGUUACUCACGUCUGUCCAUCAUCUCCUCCCUACAUCUCCUGGAGCCGCGCAGGAACGUGGUCAACGAUAUCAAAACAGGAGAAUACAUGGUUGUGGUCAACAACGUCCACCAUGACCUUCACCCCUCGAGAAGCCGAUUUUAACAAGCGUUUAGAAUGUACGGUGAGAUUCCAGGGCAGGAAGACUGCAAAAGGCUCUGUGCUUGUCCUCAUGUAGAGGACCAAGUGAAACUACAUAUGCAGGAUUACAGCAAUAUUUUUAGAGCCAUCUGCCAUAAUGACAAAGUGAUUUUGCAGAAAAAGUCCUGAAUUAGUAAAACUACAAAGGAAAAAAGAACAUUUAGAGACAGGAAAUUCUUAUUGAUGCAUGCUUUGAUUCAUAUCACCUACUGAGUUUAACUUUACCUAAAUCUUUUGAACAUGUGUUAGAGGCACAAAAGKUAGGAGUCUUUUUCUAACCUUUAAUGAUUUUCUAAUAAGAUUUAUGGAACAAUCUUGUUUUUCUGGUUUCUUUUUUUCACUCUUCAUCAACUGUAAAAUUAUACACUGACUAUUAAAUUUACGUAAUACUCCAAAGUCUACAGGUUUUCCUAUUCUUUUGUAUUAAAUCUUUCAUCAAAG